UAAUAAUGGCCCAGUUAAUAAUUUUAGGUCGAGCCCAAAGAACCGACUGAAGAUCAGAACCAAAAUGUAAAAAGUAGUGAGAAUACUAUGAACCUGGGAGAUUUAAUAAUGGAAGAACUGACGGAAGAUGAACGAAAAGCUCUUAGAGGAAGCAAAUUUGCUCCUUUGCCCUCCGCCGCUCCACCCCGUCAUCAACCAAGGUUUUGUGUACUUAGGCUGGCUCAUCCGGGUGGACCGUUGAAGACGAACAAGGCUGCAGCUUUGGCGAAAUUUCUCGACAGGAAAUUGCAGGAGCCGAAUGGAUUGUCUUCUGUUGAUCCAAGACUCGUCGAGCUCGCUGUAAGAAAUGCUAAAGAGACUGUCCAAUCAAGUGGAACAUCUAGUUCAGGAAGAGUAAUUCAGCAUGUGGAUUCUUUUGGUGAAUAUGAGCAUUUUUCCGAUGGGGAGGAAGUUAAAGUUUCUGUGUGUAAAAACAAAAGUAAGAAGCAGAAAAAGAAAAAGAAGGAAAAGAGAAGCAAAAAACAGAAGUUGGAGCAUUCCGACUGUGAAUGGAUGAAAACCCCCAAGAAGAAGCAGAAACUAUAAAGUUUUUUUUGAGUGAGUAAGAAAGCUAUGAACUCUUUUGGAUGCAAAUGCAGUUGAGUUCCCACACAUUUAGUGACGUCUUUUGCACUUGAAAUGCAAUUAUGUGAGGACUGAGGGGUUGUGCCGACAAAGAGCUUAGCAAAAAAUUGUAACUCGAGCUCGAUGGCGACCUUUGGAUCCCAAAAUCUGUUAUUGAAAUGAAAGAAAUGCUAAUGAAGGUUUUUCUUUUAUGUUUGGUUCACCU